GCUGCUGAGCACCGCUGAGGCCUGCUCUGAUCUCUACCUGAGGAAGGAAACUUCAAGGGCACAGAGAGCUGAAUCCUGGGAGCCGAGGAGCCUGACUGCCUCGCUCACACAGGACAAAGCUGCAGUUUUCCUUUGCUGUGGUGGAUUUUCUCCUUCAUUCUGGUCUGACAGAGUGACAGCCAGAGAUGGCCGAGGCCCAUCAGGCGGUGGGCUUCCAGUUCACCGUGCGCCCAGAUGGCGUUGACCUCAAACUGAGUCAGGAUGUCAUCAAGAACAUCUACCUGUCAGGAGUGACGGCAUGGAAGAAGAAAGCCAUCCAGUUCAAGAACGGCGUCUUAGCUGGAGUGUAUCCUGCCAGCCCAUUCAGUUGGUUGAUUGUUGUGAUCGCCAUGAUGAGCUCUUUGUACACACACGUAGAUCCAUCUUUAGGAAUGAUGGACGCCAUCAAAGAAAACCUGCCGUACAGAGAGUGUGUGUCGGUGCAGACCCGAGCCGUGCUGAGCGCCAUCCUGUUCGCCACCGGGCUGUGGCUCUUCCUCAUCUACCUCCUGAGAUACACACUCAAAGCUCUGCUGUCCUACCACGGAUGGAUCUUUGAGUCUCAUGGGAAAAUGACCACAUCUACCAAAAUGUGGCUGAGCCUGGUGAAGAUGUUCUCUGGACGCAGACCGCUGCUUUACAGCUUCCAGGCUUCCCUGCCCAGGCUGCCUGUCCCCAGUGUGGAUGACACAAUCCAAAGGUAUCUGGAGUCAGUGCGCCCCCUGCUGGACACUAAGCAGUACAACCACAUGGAGAUCUUGGCCAAUGAAUUCAAAGAUUCCAAAGCAGCUCAGCUGCAGAGAUACCUGGUCCUGAAAUCCUGGUGGGCAACAAAUUAUGUUAGUGACUGGUGGGAGGAGUACAUCUACCUGCGGGGCCGGGCUCCUAUCAUGGUGAACAGCAACUUCUACAUCAUGGAUCUCCUGUACGUGACCCCUACACACCGUCAGGCUGCACGGGCGGGAAAUGUGGUCCACGCCAUGCUGCAGUACAGACGCAAGCUGGAACGUGGGGAGCAUGCACCGCUGAGGGCUUUAGGAACCGUCCCCAUGUGUUCUACUCAGAUGGAAAGGAUGUUUAACACCACCCGCAUCCCUGGCAUUGAAACAGAUAUCGUGCAGCACCUGACUGACAGGAAGCACCUGGUCGUCUACCAUAAGGGCCGCUUCUUCCAGGUGUGGCUGUACACAGGAGGACGCCACCUCUUACCCAGCGAACUCGAAAUGCAGUUUCAAAGGAUCCUAAAUGACACAUCCGAACCCCAGCAAGGGGAACUGAAGCUGGCUGCCCUGACGGCAGGGAGCAGAGUUCCAUGGGCUCGGACACGUAUUAAAUACUUCAGCCAGGGGGUGAACAAAGUGUCCCUGGAUGCUAUUGAGUCUGCCGCUUUUUUUCUGGCUCUGGAUGAUGAGCCACAGGGUUUUGACCCCGCAAAGACCAAUUCACUGGACGGCUAUGCCAAGUCCCUGCUGCAUGGAAAAUGUUACGACAGGUGGUUUGACAAAUCGUUCACCUUAAUCUCAUAUCCAAACGGAAAAAUGGGAGUAAAUGCUGAACAUUCAUGGGCCGAUGCACCAAUUGUGGGCCACAUGUGGGAGUAUGUUCUUGCCACCGACUGCUUCCACCUUGGCUACACAGAGGAGGGACACUGUAAAGGAGAUGUAAAUAAAGGCCUGCCUCAUCCCUCUCGACUACAGUGGCAGAUUCCUAAAGAGUGCCAACAGAUCAUUGAAACUUCGUAUCUAUCAGCUAAGAGAAUAGCCGACGACGUUGACUUCCACGGCUGUCUGUUUACCGAGUUUGGGAAAGGAUUGAUCAAGAAGUGCAGGACGAGCCCCGACGCCUUCAUCCAGCUGGCGCUGCAGCUGGCUCAGUUCAGAGAUCAGAGCGUGUUCUGUCUGACGUACGAGUCGUCAAUGACUCGCAUGUUCAGGGACGGACGGACGGAGACGGUGCGCUCCUGCACCGCCGAGGCCGUUGCAUUCGUCAGAGCCAUGGAGGACGCAGGUGCAACGACGGCGCAGAGACUGGCGCUGUUUCGGAAGGCCUCGGAAAAACAUCAGAACAUGUACCGUCUGGCCAUGACCGGCUCUGGUAUCGACCGCCACCUUUUCUGUCUCUACAUUGUCUCCAAGUACCUCGGUGUCGACUCACCGUUUCUAAAGAAGGUGCUCUCAGAGCCCUGGAAGCUGUCCACCAGCCAGACGCCACAACAGCAGCUCAACUUAGUGGACAUCAACAAGUUCCCCAAAUACGUGGGAGCUGGAGGCGGAUUCGGCCCUGUGGCGGACGACGGUUAUGGCGUGUCGUACAUCAUUGUGGGUGAAAACCUGAUCACAUUCCACAUCUCCAGCAAAUUCUCCUGCCCGGAUACAGACUCGUACCGGUUCGGUCAGCACAUUCGAAAGGCCAUGAUUGAUAUCCAGGCACUUUUCAAGCCGGAAAAUGACAAAAAGACGGCAGAACAUGUGAAGAUUGUGCCGGUGGAAAACGGAAAGAAGCACAUAUGAUGGACAGCGUGAGAGUUUAUGAUGGUUUUAGAGCUGGGAGUCAGGAUCAGGUCCCGUUCAUGAGAACCAAAGAUGUGAAGUCGUUCAUAUUUCAGAAGCUGGCAUUCCCCACAGUCAGACUAAACACCCAGCUAUUGCUCUUUUUAUUUAUUUCUGUUAAUAUUGUGCCUUAGAGCUGCUGUGUUUGGUGUUAAGGGACAUUUUAUUUGUAAGAUGGUUGUUCCUCCUCUUUGAGCUGUUUGGCAGAGACAUGUUUAAAAAAAUCUAUUAAUGUAAAUAAGCAAAUCCUAAUAUUUUUCCUAAAAUAAGAUUUGUUUUGUGCAUAAAAAUAUUGUAAAUAUACAUUAUGUACAUGAAAAUUCUACUUUGUUCGAAAGGAUGAUAUAUUUACAUAUUCAUUAAUCUAUGGCUGUUAAUCAUU